CCCCCCGCCCCCCCCUCAGUGUACCACUGGGUGGAGAUGAGGACCAAGAUGCGGCUGCUGGGGUUCCGGGGGGCGGCGGUGAAGCCCCUGAACGAGGAGGCGGCGGCCGAGCUGGGGGCAGAGCUGCUGGGGGAGGCGCUGGUCUUCGGGGUCGGGGGGCUCUGCCUCUACCUCGAGUACCUGCGGCAGGCGGGGCAGAGCCGGCGGCGCGAGGAGCACCUGGAGCAGACCCUGAGCGACCUGCGCCGGGACAUCGAGGGGCUCCAGAGGGACCUGGACGAGCUCAGGGGACACGGGGGGCAGGGGCGGCCCCCCCAGGGGCAGGGACACGCCCAGAAAGGGGAGGGACACCCCCAGAAGGAGGAGGGACACGCCCAGGGAGGGGCCGGACACGCCCAGGGAGGGGCCGGACACGCCCAGGGAGGGGCCGGACGCCCCCAGACUGGUGCUGGGAAUGGGGUGCCCGUCGACGGCCACGCCCCCGUGGUGACAAGCCACGCCCCCGUGGCCUCUGGCCACGCCCCCAUAAGUUCAGGCCACGCCCCCUGACAAUAAAGUGCCCUCGUGA